GAGGCAAAAAUGGUUCAAGAUACAUUCUGGUAUGUGAAACAAUUGGUUCGAUGAUAAUUCAAUCGGUAGAUUUAACGAGUAUUAAUGAAAAGAAAACUCAAGAAUGCAUCAGAACCGAAGAAAGAAAAAGCGAGUGAAUUACGGCGUAAGAACAGUGGAGGUGUUACGCGGAACGAAGGGGUUCGGUUUUACGAUCUCGGGACAGCAACCUUGUAUUUUGAGUUGCAUCGUUCCAGGGAGUCCAGCAGAAAGUGCAGGUUUACGAGCCGGCGAUUAUUUGGUAUCUGUCAAUGGUCACAACGUCAGUAAAUUACCUCACGAUGACGUUGUGCAGUUAAUCGGUCGUUCCAAAGGUAUUUUAAAAUUACAAAUAGCUGAAAAUUACUAUUCUGAUUCUUCGGAUGAAGAAGGAGUUGCAACAGUGCGCUGUAAGCCUAAGUAUACUCAUAAGCCACGAACAAGUAACAUGGGGGCAUUGCAAUUACAAUGCAGAGUUGCCAAAGUCGUACGAGAUCUACAAAGUGGCAUUAUGUUUGAUAUGACAGAGAGAACAUCAACCGAAGUACAAGACCAAGAAAACUAUUGCAGUUUACAUUAUCAUUGGGAUAUGUCUAGUCCUCUUCCACCACCGCCGCCUCCAGCGUUACACAAAAGAGAUUCUGAAAAAAUAGUGCAUAGAACAGUUGUUGGUUAUCUAGGAACUAUUGAUAUUCCAAAUCAAUUGCAUCCGUCUUGUAUGAUGCAGGUUUUGAGAAAAUGUAUAAAACGCUUGAAAGCAGAGAAAAGAAAUCCUACUACGGUGCUUUUAACUAUACAUGUGGCAAAUAUAAAGCUGACCAAUUCGGAAAAUCGUGUCAUAGCAGAAUAUCCAUCAUACAGAAUAAUUUUUUGCAAUUCUUUUUCUGAACAAGAUAAACAGUAUUUCGGUAUACUGACCAAAUCUGUUAAGGAUAAAGAGAAUAUUGUCUCAAAUUCGUGUCAUGUUUUUACAAUUUAUUAUAAAUUGAUAGAUCACACUGUACACUCCAAUGCGUGUAAUAUAUUUGGAUUUACAUGUACCAAGACAUCCGAACUGAACGUUUGUCAAGAGUUUCCUGACAGUUGUAACAGCCUCAUUGGAGCCAUUCAAACUUUGUAUAUAUCAGACUCUGCGAAUGCAGAUGGGAAUUCUUACAAUGAAAUGCGAAGGCAGCAAGAUGCUUCUUCUCCGCAGCCGAGUAACAUAAGUACUUCUACAGCACAUUCCAGUAACAGUGAUUCUGGAAUUGGUUUUAAAGAUGAUUGCACCAGCCGUAUGAAUAAAAGCAUUCCACAAAAUGUCAUUCGAAGAAGGUGCUACCCAACAUCGGAAUACAAGAAUGCAUGUGCACAGCCUACGAAAAUGUACGAUAAUACAGCUGUUGAUUUUCGAUUAACAGUUCGAGCUGUAUCUAAUGCAUGUUGGAGUGAUAGAAAUGAAUCAGAUGCGUGUAAGGGUAAUAUGAAAUCGUCUCGUGAAAGUGUUAUUUUCAAUGAUUUUUGCAACGGAAUAAGCGGAUGCACGGCAUCGAUAGAAAAUCAUGAGGUGCAUUCGGACUCACAAAAGGGAACGGAGAGGGGGAAUUUGACCACCUGUCCACCAUUACCAUUACCAUUACCAGCUGCUUCUACAACGAAGCAGGGGUUGGUUAGUUCGUCCGUUGGUUCGCUCGCGUCCGUUUGCACCACCGCGAUGCUGCACGGUAUAGAAGAUCGUGUAGAAACAUCCGACGAUUCUAUAUUUAGAUCGAAAACCUUACAGACAUUUACAAAAUUGACAGAAUCGGAAGAAACGAAUAAUCGGGACAAAUUUAGUCCAAAAGUAUUUUCUAAUAUUUCCAAGUCGUUAGUGCAUAGCUUUGAAGAUCUUAAAGCAAGCAUGGAUUAUCCUCGACCCCUGUGCCAAACUUAUUCGGAUAAAUCUGACAAUUCACGUCCUUGGGGAAGUUUGCAAGAAAUUCGAAAUGUUGGAAGCUGUAUACAGGAUACUUGUCUGCAUGGUAGUACGGAAUUGUGCGACAAAAACACCACUUACAAAGGUAUACGUGCAUGGGCUAGUGGCUUCGAGAAAUUGCUGGAAGAUCCAAAAGGGUUGCAAACGUUUGCGGAAUUUUUAAAGAAGGAGUUUAGUCAUGAGAACAUCUAUUUUUGGGCUGCCUGUGAGAGAUAUAAAGAUACAAAAGAUGUUAUCACUCGAUGCAAGAUGGCCGGUCAAAUCUAUCAACGUCAUUUAUCAAAUACAGCGGCUGAACCUGUAAACGUUGAUAGCCAUGCUGCUGGUCAAAUAACUCUUGAACUUCUAAACGAAGCUCCUGCUGAUUUGUUUCUGCAGGCUCAAAAGCAAGUUUUUAAUUUGAUGAAAUUUGACAGUUAUCCGAGGUUUUUAAGAUCAGAUCUCUACCAUCGUUGCAUCGAAACGGGAUGUUCUGUAGUUGGUACAGAGGAUUGCGAUUUAAAUCUGACCAAUUCGCCUAGUGUAAAAUUAAAAAAGAGCCAUUCUGAUGCCGAAGAUCGAUGUAGGAAGUCUAUACUUCCAUGGAAUAGGAAGAAUAGAUCUAAGUCAAAAGAUCGCGGGGAGACCGAAUACAAUAAAACUCCGAGCAGAAGCGAAACCAUUUAUAAGAGUUUUACAACUAUGAAGAGAGAAUCGGAAGGUAAUAACAACGACGACAGUAUUUCUAUAUCUAGUAGCAGGUCUUCAUUAGCUUCCUGGGAUUUGGCCUUGAGACAAUCGUUUCACAAACACUCUUUAUCGUCCUACGAAGGACAGUCGAACGAAUCGAAAGAAGUUCGUACCAAAUGUGCCGGGUUGUGUCGGGUUAUAUUACCCGACGGAUCGACUACGGUUGUGCCAACUAGCCAAACGGAGAGUAUUAGAGAUGUGGUUACACGCCUCCUAGAUAAAAGAGCUCUUCGAUACUCUAACUAUGACGUUCUAAUCCUAGCUACGGAAGAGACAAUAGAGGCGAAAUAUCCAUCGUCCGUACUGGCUGGUCAAGAAGUGGAAGUCGUUCCGACGAAAAUAUUGAAGGUAGAUUUACCUUCGCGACGUGUAAUAACUGUGGUUGCGCAUAAAGGUAGAACACUUAAAGAAGUGUUGAAACCACUUUUAAAUAAGUACGGUUUUAAUGUAAAUACAAUCCAGGUAUGGAGUGAAAAUCACUGUGUUUGUAUGGAUUUGCCAGCUAUUGAUUCUCCAGCCAGAUUGACGUUAACGAACGUAAAAGAUGAAGAUCCUCAGAAAGAGUUGCACACGGUUAAAUACACGCACGACGUACCACUUACUCAACCUACGUUGGACGAGAUCACUAACAGGGUUUUCGAAGAACUUUUGGUCGGCAAAGGUGCAAGCAAAUAUCAGUAUAACGAAGGCUCGUGUAAGUCGGAUGAUCAACGCUCCGAAGGUUCCUCUAUUUUACCCAGCAAAUUUUUUCUCCGAGAUUCUACGAUGCAUGGAAAGAAAAAGGGAAAGUCCAAGUGUAGUUUGAACGAUAAAGGGAAUGUGAACGAUUAUAUGUCUGAAGAAACGGUCAAGCCUCAUCCUCCUUUAAUAGCGAAGUGGCGGAACGGGGUUAAAUUACAAUUACCAGGAAAAUUUGACGGUGAAGAUCUGUACGAAGGUUUGAAACGAGCUCAACGGUCCAGACUGGAGGAUCAGAGAGGAACGGAGAUCAAUUUUGAGUUGCCAGAUUUUUUAAAGAACAAGGAGAACGGUAAGCCAACGGAUCGCAACAAGUUUCGAAGACAUAGGAUAAUAUCCGUCAGUUCCGAAGCGAACGCCAAGUUUUAUGGGUCAAUUGAGGAACGGAAAAAUUACGACGGACAGGAUCAAGACGUUAUGGGUCCGUCGAAAAACGGAAAUACUAACGAAAAGAUUGCUGUAGCUAUCACUGGAAAAGAAGCUCUGAGUAAAUCUAGGGAGAAUUCGAUUACUUUAGACGCGUCCUUGAUCGAUGGAGAUCAUCGGACCGUUGUAAAGAAUGGAUCUGCCUCUGAAACAACGGUCGUGGAUACCAUCAACAUGCGAGCAAUAUCGGUCGUAAAAUCAUCGAAACCUCCUCCGCUUCCACCAAAACCGAAGAAUCUUAUUACAAAUGUUACGAAAACCGGGUACAUCGUAUCCACGAAGUCUUUACCAAAAUCUACUCGAACCGUUCCACUUAGCCCAACCGAAUUGGGUCGUAAAAAUAUGUUUUAACGCAUUGGAAAGAAUAUGUUUUUUUACUCACCAGGUUUGCACACUUCUUACAAACUGUAGCACUUACUUUGUGCAUAUCUAUUUUUAUACAGUCUAUUGUGUACAUUCGUACGUAUAUGUGUGUACCAAGGUACAUAGAGCGAAAAGUAUUUAAGAGGGAAUACAUAUGCAAAGGUCCAGUGCAUGCUGCCACCACGACAUUGUACUACUAUUAUACGUGAGUCCGACUGAUAUCAAUCUAGAUCUAGAAUCUAGAGCCUGAAAUUUAAAAAGUGCCUCGAUACGAACUCAUGUUCGAUAUAUGUAGUCGCUUAGUUUAUAAAUAUUUAUGACCCUUUUAUGAUACAGCUGUUACUCUCCUGGUU